GGCUCAUAUGCUCCAAUUUUUCACUUCCAAUUUCGUCCCUCCUGCCCCCUCUUUUCACCAAAAAAAACCCAGUAUGUUGUCCAGAUCUGUGCGUGCUUUUUCCACGUCUCCCGCCUCGCUCAAGAAAUUGAAAAUCGCCUUGAUCCCCGGCGACGGAAUCGGAAAAGAGGUGAUUCCUGCCGGCAGAGCCGUGUUGGAAAACCUCCCUGCCAAGUACGACUUGCAGUUUGAGUUUGUGAACUUGGACGCGGGCUUUGAGUUGUUUCAGAAAACAGGCACUGCCUUGCCCGAUGAAACCGUCGAGGUCUUGAAGAAGGACUGCGACGGUGCCUUGUUCGGAGCCGUCUCGUCACCCUCAACUAAGGUGCAAGGCUACCUGUCUCCUAUCGUGGCGUUGAGAAAGAAAAUGGGACUUUAUGCCAACGUGCGUCCCGUCAAGUCGGUGGCCGGAAUCGGCAGGCCGGUGGACAUGGUCAUUGUGCGUGAAAACACCGAGGACUUGUACAUCAAGGAAGAGAGAAUGUACGAGGACAAGAACGGCAAGAAGGUCGCCGAGGCCAUCAAGAGAAUCUCGGAAACGGCGUCCAGCAACAUUGCCAAGAUGGCGUACGAGAUUGCGUUGCUGAGACAGAAGAUCCGGGCCGCGUCCUCCGGCAAGUCGCUCCACUCCGAGCCCUCGGUGACCGUGACUCAUAAAUCCAAUGUGUUGUCUGUUUCUGACGGCUUGUUCCGUGAGACCUGCAAGAAGGUGCACGAGGCCACCUCGGCGUACGCGCCUGUGCAGUACAAGGAGCAGAUUGUCGACUCCAUGGUGUACAGAAUGUUCAGAGAGCCGGAGAUUUUCGACGUGGUGGUGGCGCCCAACUUGUACGGCGACAUUUUGAGUGACGGCGCCGCUGCGCUCGUAGGUUCUUUGGGUGUGGUUCCGUCCGCGAACGUGGGCGACAACUUUGCCAUUGGCGAGCCCUGCCACGGUUCUGCCCCCGACAUUGAGGGCAAGGGAAUCUCCAACCCAAUUGCCACCAUCAGAUCCACUGCUUUGAUGUUGGAGUUCAUGGGCUACCAAGAAGCCGCCGCCAAGAUCUACGAGGCUGUCGACGCCAACUUGGCCGAGGACACGAUCAAGACCCCCGACUUGGGUGGAUCCUCUUCGACGCAGCAGGUCAUUGACGACAUUGUCAGACGUUUUUAGAAAACGGCAAGCUGCCUCCGAGCACCGGCACUUGCCACUGCAUAGUAUAGCUGUGGACGUAUCGAAAUAGAGAAGUGCUUUCAGAGGCGUUUUUUGUAGGCGGCCCGACUGGACCCGAUUGCUGGCUGUGGAGCGGCGGCGCCACUCACAAUGACACUGGUUCCCAGCGUUUUUUGUACGUGGUUUCGUUCGCUUCUGGGCACUAUUUUUGAGGAACUGUCCGAAACAUGUAGGAUGAUGUGAAUAGUACCCAUACUUUGUACACGCAAACUCCUGCUUAUUCACUGGAGAUACACUUGCAGUAGCGUAUCGUGGAGGAGUGGAAUACAUACAAAGCGGUUUGGUAUGUUUUCUGGAGUUCCUGUUGGUUUGACCCCGC